CAAAUCACUAUAAAAAAAAUCAUCGUAAAAACAAUUAUGAUAAACGCCAUCGCAUAGUUUAUUAUAUUUAUUACAAUGGUAUCAUAAAAAUAACUCGAUCCAUUCCUUUCGUCAUUUUGGUUCUUAAUACAGCGUAAAAUGGAUUAUAGAAUUAUUAUAGUGUCGUUAAGUUGUAUUUGUGUAGUUGUGCCUAACAAGGAUGUAGACAACCAUCCAAACUGGAAGCUUCUUCCUAAAGAUUGUGGCCGGGCCAGAGAAACCCAGUUCAGGAUUUUCGGUGGUCAAGAUGCCGAGCUCGGGCAGUUUCCAUGGCUGGUAAGAUUAAAAGCGUACGCAGGAUCAUUUGGUGGUUUUAACUGUGGUGGAGGAUUGAUAAGUACUAGAUAUGUCUUAACCGCAGCACAUUGUGGUGAAAACGUAACUAUAACAAGUGUUCGAAUUGGUGAGUAUGAUUUACGAAGUUAUGUGGAUUGUGACGAUUUUGGAUGUGCACCUCCCUACCAAGAUAUUGCCGUUUUAUGGUACAAAGGCCAUCCAGACUGGAAUAUAAAAACCUUACAGAAUGAUGUUGCAUUAAUUAAACUUAAAUGGGACGCUGUUCUUAAUGCUUACGUACAGCCGUUGUGUCUACCUGGUCGAAACAAUUUUUUCAAAAGCUACAAACUAGAGGGAGAUGUCCAAUUAGCAGGUUGGGGUCAUUCCGAUGCCGCUCGACCAGGUGAAAAAAUACCUGAUAUAUUACAAUUUGUUCAUCUGAAAGUUCAGGAAAUAGAUUUUUGUAGGACAUAUUACAAAAGCAAUGAUACAGCACUUUUAGAAGAUCGUCAACUGUGUAUCGGCCAGAAAGAUGGACAUGAUACUUGCGAUGGAGACAGUGGAGGACCUGUUAUGAAGGAACUAAAGGUGGACGAAAUUUACAGGUAUUACCUUACGGGACUAGUAUCUUACGGUUAUCCGUCUUGUGGUGAAGCUCCGGCCAUAUACACCAAUGUUAGAUAUUUUCUACAUUGGAUUCUGGACAAUUUGUAACAUAAUUUUUUUUCUAAACUCUGUCUAUUAACAUAAAUAAAAUAGUUUAAUUAUA